AUCAGAACAGCAGCACUCAUCCCCACACACUUCACCCUCCCCUCUCUACGUGCGUCUCUCUGCACAGCUGUGGUCUUCAUUGUCUUGGUCUUCUUGCCUGCCUCUCCCUCCUUCCGUCCAUCCCUCCAGCCAGCCGUUGUGUUGUGUUGUGUUGUGUGUUUGCGUGGCGUACGUACCUCUCCCCUCUCGGGAGCCGCCGGUGGCCGGACGCACCGCAUGCAUCGUGCUAGCGUUCGACUAGCACUGUCGGGGCCACCGCACGAGCUGCCUCCAUCGAGGCCUUGCCAGAACAGUGACGCACCGACAUGCCCAUCAAUCGUACGGCUUCUCUGCUGGCGAGGUUACGCCGCCUGCCACCUCUCUCGGUGCGCACGACGCUCGUACGUCGCCUUGUCGGCUGCUCGACCCCGCUGACCAUACACACAGGCAAAUCCACCACACACCAACAACAAGCACACAUCCAUCCAUCAGACACGUCAAGUGAGUGGCGGCGGGCGUCGUGUGAUGCGCUUACGUGCCCGAGGCGAUCCUGCUUUCCCACUCGGCUCCCUGCUGGCCAGGGGCGGUGCGGUUGCCGGCGCAUGCUGCCUCCAUCGAGGCCUUGCGUGCACCAGCGGCUGUCUGAUUCGGUGCGAGAUGCGCAUCUCGUCUUGCCUGCCUGCGAACCUUGUGCCACGUGUUGUCACGCGACAGUUCGCCUUGCUUAGCACGGUGUGCGAUGGGCACUCUGCCUAUCUCGUCCGCCACCGCUGCACACACCACACCGACGCACCAGCAAAAGACACGACACGUGAAGUGGUGGAAGUGGGGAGUGCGGGACACGGUGCUGGCUGGAGGGAGGGAGGGAGGGCGGAAGGAGGGAGGGGCAGGCGCCAGCAAAGCUCCUUCGGACCCUAAAAGUGAACACGCACAAGAAGAAUGGGAACAGUCGCGUCUCACAUUUUGGCCUGCGUGCGCCACUCACCUUGAAGGCC